AUCGAAACUGAAAGCUAAAUUCUGCGUAAGAAAAAAAAGUGCCAAGUUGGUGUUUUCUCGAAUCUUGAAAGUUUGAAACUUUUUAAAUUAUUUUUUGAAUAUUAUUUGUUCUAUAGGAUAUAGGUUUUAAUUAAACUAAAAUGCGUUUUUGUUAAGUCUUCGUUCGGAGUUACACUUGGGUCAUUCUACUUAAUACAAUUAACAAUAAGCAAUAAGAUGUAUUCGCUUAAAGCCAUUUUUUUCCUUUCUUUCAUCGCCUUAAACUUAUCUUUUGUAUUUAGUGAUGAUGCUUCCAAAAAAAAUGGUCCCAAAGUGACUGAUAUCGUUUACUUCGACAUUUCUAUCGGUAAAGAUCAAAUUGGCCGUGUUGAGAUUGGAUUAUUCGGAAAGACUGUUCCUAAAACUGUGAAAAACUUCGUCGAAUUAGCUAAGAAAAAAGAAGGCGAAGGGUACAAAGGAAGUAAAUUCCACCGUGUUAUCAAAGAUUUCAUGAUUCAAGGAGGAGAUUUCACGAAGGGGGAUGGAACUGGAGGAAUGAGUAUUUACGGAGAUCGUUUUGAAGACGAAAACUUCAAAUUGAGGCAUUAUGGUGCUGGUUGGCUCUCUAUGGCUAAUGCCGGUAAAGAUACGAAUGGAUCUCAAUUCUUCAUUACUACUAAGCAAACUCCUUGGUUGGAUGGUCGUCAUGUAGUUUUUGGAAAAAUCUUGAAAGGAAUGAGCGUGAUUCGUAAAAUUGAAUCAUCCAAAACCAACAGUCAAGACAAACCAGAUUUGGAUGUUGUUAUUACUGAUUCCGGAGUACUAGAAGUUACUGAGCCGUUUGCUGUUGCUAAAGAAGAUGCUACAGAAUAAAUUUAUUAGGCAUUUAAAUUUGACUUAGCUUUUUAGGUAUAUCAUAUUGAAAAUUUAUGAACAAAUUGGCCAUUUUCUACUUUAAUAAACUAAUUUUAUACUGUU